AUGCGCUUGCCAGUAAUCACUCUGAGUCCUGACAGCAUCAUCAGCUAUACUGACUUGGUGGUGUUCUCAUCUUUGCGCAACCCCCCUGGACCCAACAUUUUGGUGGCCUGUACGGGGAAGCGCAAAUCUGGUUUUAAGGGGACACUCCAGUCUCUGUUUUUUGGUAAAAUUUAUUAUUCUGUGGUUACCAAUUGGAUGUUCACAGGACAAGAGAACACAGAAUCUAUAUUCCGGCUCUUCAGAAUACUUAAAUUGGACAUUUCAGAUGCAAUAAAAGAUUUAUUUCCUCUUCUAGAGGUUUUCCGUGACAACAAUGUCAUCAGCGAUAAACAGUAUGAAGAUUUUCAAGAAUCCCGUGGAAAUGAGGUCGCUGUACAAAAAGUGGUCUACAAAGUCUUGAGAGAACUGGAAGAGAAAAAUGACCUGAAGGCUCUAGGGUUAUUGUUCUGUAAGCAAAAUAUGAAGGCAUACCCUGAUUUGGAACGCAUUUUUGAAAGAUUUAAAAAUGUCUUACCACAGGACGAAUUCCAUUUUGAAGAAAAUGAUAGACGGGACCCAAACUUGCAGCUAAAUCUUGAACAAGGACCUGCUCAAGAAAGCCUGAUCUGUUCACCCUCAGGUCCAACACAUCCCAUAUUGAACAGUGAGGAUUUUAGACGUCCUGAGCUUCCGGUGACCUGUGGUAACGCUCGGGGGACUCUGUAUGUGGAGAAAUUUGCGCAAGGCAUCUAUGAGAAGAGUAUACAGAGUGAAACUGGACAGUGGCUCACUCUCAGGGAGUUUGAAAUCAGAGGAAACCGUGAAAAAUCCAAGAACUGGAGGCAAAGCAUACUUUGUCAAGGAUGGAACCUGGGAUGCUUAAUAAAGGGAAGAAUUCUACCAGACUCACCUAGGACAAAGGGACAGAGGGAAAACCCAACAAGCCCAGAGUGAACAAAGAAAAAUGUAACUGCCCAUGAUCUUCUGCCAUGAUGUCAGAGGCCAUUAACUACAAAUUAUUAGUUGUUCAUCACUGCCAUGUUAUAGUUCUUAA